AAAUUUUCCCCCACAAAACAUGGUGCAAUCCGGAAACGAAAACCCAAAGCCCCUGGUGGCAAUUUUUGGCGCCGGAAUGAUGGGAAGCGGCAUCGCACAGGUCUGUCUUCAGGCAGGCUAUCCCGUCAAUUUGUACGGUAGAAGCGAGAAGAAGCUUUUGGAGGCCAGAGAGACUAUCAAGAAAAAUCUAAUUCGUGUCGCUAGCAAGAAGAAGACCGACGUUCCGAUGGAACCAGCAGCCUUGGAGGAAAUUGCUCAGAUUCAACUUGAUUUGCUCCAGAUUCAUACUGAUAUUCCGUCCGCUGCCGAAGAUGCUGCAAUGGCGAUUGAGGCUGUGGCCGAAAACUUGGAUCUGAAACUUGACAUCUUCCAGACAAUUCAGAAAACUUGCCCACAAAACUGCAUGCUUAUCACGAACACCUCGUCUCUAAAACUGUCUCAAAUGCUCCCAGUUAUUCAGAACCCGGCACUAUUCGCUGGGCUUCAUUUCUUCAACCCUGUUCCAGUGAUGAAGCUUGUAGAAGUUGUAUCAACUGAUGAAACUUCUCCAGAGACCACAAAUUUCUUGUUCAACUUCUGCAAAGAAAUCAAAAAGCUGCCGGUCGCCGCGAAGGAUACUCCUGGAUUCAUUGUCAACCGGCUAUUGAUCCCAUAUCUUAUGGACUCCAUUCGCAUGCUGGAACGUGGAGAUGCAACUAAAGAAGAUAUCGAUACAGCCAUGCGAUUUGGAACUUCUUACCCAAUGGGACCAAUUGAAUUGUGUGACUAUGUUGGACUUGAUGUUCUGCAGAGCACUUUGAAAAUCUUCCGCGAAACCAUCCCUGGUGACGCCCGUUUUGCACCAAUCCCACUUAUGGACAAAUUGGUCGCUGAAGGAAAGCUUGGCAGAAAAACGAAGCAGGGAUUCUACACGUAUUGAACACUUUUUGAGCAUAUUUUUUGUGUACACUACUUGCCAGCUUUUUGAUGUAUAUUUUGCUUCUUACAGGUCAUAGUUUCAGAGAAAUAAAUAUUUACAUUUG